UCGUGUUGUCCUCGUCUGCAUCUUUGUCCUUGCCAGUGUCGUCAUAGUCAUCCUGAGGCUGAGGUGGUGAGACGAACGGCUUUGGGUUUUGUGAGACUGGUCUCGGACCGAGUCAGUGGCAAGAGGGUAACAGAUUGGCGGCACAGCCUGUAUCUGUGACUUUUGUUCAGUGACAGAAGUGUGUCAGGCACCAGAGUGACUAGGCCGCAUUGACCAUGGCGGUGGAUUUGGGGGACUUCUCCUGUGGCUUUCGCCAUAGUGAGGUGAUUCGAUUCAUAAACAACGAAAUCCUCAUAAAUGGAGGUGGGCCUGAAUUCUAUUUGGCUUUCUGCUUGCGGCCCUGGAAUGAAAUCGAAGACCAGCUUCGCGCCAUUCUAAUUGACCCCGAGGUGCCUCGCUCUCUCAAACGUGCCUGUACCUGGAGUGCCUUGGCCCUGAGUGUGCGACUAGGUGCGAGGCAGCGUGAGCAGCAGGCUUAUAUAGUAGGAUUGCUGCAAGAUGAAAUGGGGCAGCGCCCCUUGGCUCCCAGGGCCUCAGUCUCAGAGGUGUGGCAGCUGCAUCAACAGCGAGAGGAGGCAGUCACUCAACUGCGUUCCACUCAAGCUGCCCUACAGCAGGCCAUGAGGGAAUGUGAUAUGUUGCGGCGGAGGCUGUAUCCUGCUGAAAGAUCUUCUUCCCAGACGGCUCCGCUGGCUCAGAACGAAGCACCUGGAGCUCAAGCCCAACAGCUUGGUCUUUCAGUAGUGCCUCUGAAUUCUGAUCAUUCGAGAUUUGUGGGUGCAAUGGGUGGGUACGACAGGCAGUAUUUGGAGGCACAGAUGUCAGCUGCGACAAAUGUUUUUUAUAUGCCUGAAAGCACAAGUCCCUGGCCCCUGGCCAUGCAACCGUCUGUGCCAGUCCCAUACCAGAUCCCACCACAUCCACCAUUCCUAUUGGAAUCUCCAUUCUUAAUGCCCUUUCCACCGUCACUCGUCACGGACACAGAGGGAGGUGUUGUAGUUCCGGUUCGGAUGCCUCCUGUGUGUCCAUCUGGUUCACUAGCUGCACCAAACUCCCAGGAUCCAGCUGGUCAGUGGGACCAGCGAUUAUGCAUGGCUGCUGAAGGUCCUCCGGUUAGCCAGCCUUCUGUCGCUCCAGGGAAUGUUAAAGAUGCCAGGCGGGAGGGAGACCUACAGCAGCCCCAGGACACAGUUGCCUUGGGAGGCAUCAGAGGCUACAUUCAGGAGCAGGAUUCACAAAGAACCCAGGAGAGGACUACCCUGGCGAAUGUUGGAAACGAUAGUGAAGUAGGAAAAGAGAAGGAAGAAGCGGAAGACAGCAAAGAAGACUCAACAUCAGCAGUGCCAGCAGAAGGCAAAGCAGCAGCAGGAGCAGAGGCAGCCGCUGAAGGAGCUGCAGAAGCAGCAGGGGAUGGUGGUGGUGAGGCAGAACCAGAGGAGAAAGAAGAGAAGGCAGCCGCAGUGGCUGCAACAGCGUGUGGCGACACCGCAGAGUGUCUGUGGAGUCUCCAGGAGCUGCAUCUAACUGAGGAAGAGGGCCUCGAUAGCCAAAGUGAAAAGAGUCUCAAGGCAUCAGCUCCGAAUCCCUUGGGCUCUAGUGGAAGUCAAAUCAAAGGCAUGGUGGCGGCCCAGCCACCCCUUGUGUGGGAGAGCUGGAGCCAAGUUGUGAGAGAAAGCCCAAAGAAACAGCAGCCUCUGCUGCCAAAGAAGCCCAAGCCAAAGGUGGAACACCCUUCCAAAUCCCAGUCUGGGGUGAAUUGGUUCUGCCCAAAGUGUAAAGCUAUGAAUUUUUCAUGGCGCACAGCCUGCUAUAAGUGCAAGAGAGUUAAUAUGCCAAUUGAAGGUGGAGGAAAAACCACUGGUUCUAGAAGGUGGUGAGUUCCUGAUGGCUGUCCCUGAUGAGAUAAUGAGUUGGAACCCUGAAGAAGUAAAGGAGAUAAAGUUAUGAAACUGUCCUUUUUUUCUUCUCUGCUUCUCUGUUUCGCAAUUUCCUUUUCCUAAAAAUACAACAUAUUUACUAGGGAACACUCAAAAUUGUAAUCUGCAUGGAAUUUUAGAAAUAGAACUUUUUCUUGAAAAUACUGUUUUUCCUUUGUUUGCUUUUUUAAGUUUAUAGGUUAAAGUGGUGUUUACAUAGCUCAGAUCCACACAUUCGCUGAACUUGCUCCAUUAUAAAACCACCCAGGAGCCGAAGGAAACAUCUUAAUUCUCAUGGUCCCUAUAGUUUGGUGAGACCCCCACCACUAACUAAUGCAAAGCAAAGUUAAAUAGUGAACGUAGAAAAGAUUACUGACACACUAUGGGGAACACCGAAGAACAAACUAUUGUUUUUAGAAUUUAAUUUCUUCACUAGGAUGAUGGUCUAGCUUAAAAGAAAUCUGGAGGUUGUAAAGUUAAGUUGUAUAUGAUAACAAAUUUGAUAUAUUUAAUGUAAUUCAUGAAAACGUUAUUUAGAGUCUUUCACAAAUGAAUUUGAGGAAAUAAGCCGUUCUCUCCUCCCAAGCGAAGUAAACUAAGCCAGGAAGAAGCUAGGUGGGAGUUUAGCUUCAUCUCUAGUCUGAACUGCAGCUGUUAUUUAGUUCCCUGAAUUAUUCUAAGUUAACCGCAUUCUAAUUUUUAUAUUUUUUUCUUCUGUUGCUACUAGUAAAUAAUAAAGAGUGUGAACUGUAA